UUACUUCGAGCGGCGACUAUAACUCCGCAUGAGACAUUAUCGGCAAUGAUGAUGCAGUGGGGGCAAUUCAUUGAUCACGAUCUCGACUUCACGGCCACUGCAAUAAGUCGGAACGCGUUUGCGACUGGUGCGAUUUGCAAUCGAACUUGCGAGAACAUAAAUCCAUGCUUCAAUAUACAAUUACCGGAAGGUGAUCCGAGAAUGCUUACCAGACCCAGACCCAAAUAUCCAUGCAUUGAGCUGGAGCGUUCAGCUGCCGUCUGCGGUUCUGGUGAAACAUCGCUGAUCUAUCGUCAGAUCACCUAUCGAGAGCAAAUGAACACCAUAACAAGUUACCUUGAUGCGUCAGGAAUCUAUGGUAGCACAGAAGAAGAAGCUUAUGAGCUUCGUGAUCUGUAUCCAGAUCGAGGAUUGCUAAGGUACCUUCUGAAGAAUCAUUUACUUUUGAGGCAGUAUGCCCAAAAGCCAUAUCUUCCAUUUGAACUAGACUCGCCAAUGGACUGCCACCGUAAUAGAACUGUUGACAAUCCGAUUCGCUGCUUCCUUGCCGGUGAUUAUCGUGCCAACGAACAGGUUGGCUGCUCUCAUCUUAACCUUCCCCAUGUUCACAAUUUCUUGGGCAAUACUCUGUUCAUUGCUAGCAUCUUCUAA